CCGAAGAAUAUGCCGGCCGCCGGACGGCCGGAGGGCCAACAAGGCGACGAUCCAACGGAGGAUGAACGGUACAAUUCUUGUAAUCUACCGACAGUUCUCUUCUGUUACCUCUCCUUCUUCUUCGUUCUUCCUAUUUUUUGUUUUUAUGCAUAUAUAUAUAUAAGUAGUGGUGGUGAGUGGAGAUAGACGCGCCAAAUCGCGCUGUGUUAUAGUAUUUAUCCGAUUCCUUCGUCUCCCCCUUCACUGUCUUUCUUUCGGCCGGCCUUCCGCGGUGGACAUACUGUGACAGUACUUCCUUCUCCACCCAAUUCCCAUUUCCCAACUGACAGCAACCAACCAUUACCAAUACAAAGAAACAGCUACUGAGAACAAAGAGGUAAAUUUUCAAGACAGGUUUUUUGAAUUGCCUGAUCCGGGUUUUCUGUGUGCUGCCGGCGGUUCCCUUGAUAUAGUGUUCAAAUAGAGAAUAUGAGUACUAUAUAUGGGAGCAGCGCCAUGGCAAGCAUCUCCUCCCUCAACUUGAGUUGUGUGGACAACAAAGCUGCUGCUGGGCUUGGGUUCAGAGGCAGUGAAUCAAUGGGCAACUCUCUCAAAUUACAUUCCGUUAAUCUUGCUGCCACCAGAUACAGGCACCAUUAUUCUGCUCCCUUGAAGGUAGUGUGCGUUGACUACCCAAGACCAGACCUUGACAGCACUGCCAAUUUCUUGGAAGCUGCUUAUUUCUCUGCCUCCUUCCGUUCUUCCCCUCCCCCACCCAAGCCCUUGAAGGUUGUCAUUGCUGGUGCAGGUUUAGCUGGUUUAGCAACAGCAAAGUAUUUGGCAGAUGCAGGCCACAAGCCUAUAUUACUAGAAGCCAGAGAUGUUCUGGGAGGAAAGGUGGCUGCUUGGAAAGAUGAUGAUGGUGACUGGUACGAGACUGGCCUGCACAUUUUCUUCGGGGCAUACCCAAAUGUACAGAACCUAUUUGGAGAACUUGGCAUUAAUGAUAGAUUGCAAUGGAAGGAGCAUUCUAUGAUAUUUGCUAUGCCAAACAAGCCGGGAGAGUUUAGCAGAUUUGACUUUCCUGAAGUUCUCCCUGCUCCAUUAAAUGGGAUAUUAGCCAUCCUAAAGAAUAAUGAAAUGCUCACUUGGCCUGAGAAAAUCAAGUUUGCCAUUGGCCUCCUGCCAGCAAUGCUUGGUGGGCAGGCUUAUGUCGAAGCUCAAGAUGGUCUUACUGUUCAGGAUUGGAUGAGAAAGCAGGGGGUACCUGAUCGGGUGACUAAUGAAGUGUUCAUUGCCAUGUCCAAGGCGCUAAACUUUAUUAAUCCAGAUGAACUCUCAAUGCAGUGUAUACUAAUAGCUUUGAACCGAUUUCUUCAGGAGAAGCAUGGGUCAAAGAUGGCCUUUUUAGAUGGUAAUCCCCCAGAAAGGCUAUGCAAGCCCAUGGCUGACCAUAUUGAGUCAUUGGGUGGGGAAGUCCGUACUAACUCACGGAUUAAGAAAAUUGAGCUCAACAAUGAUGGAACAGUGAAGAGCUUUUUAUUGACCAAUGGAAAUGUGAUUGAAGGAGAUGCUUAUGUGUUUGCCACGCCAGUUGAUAUCCUGAAGCUUCUUCUACCUGAUAAUUGGAAGGAGAUGCCAUACUUCACGAAACUGGAGAAAUUAGUUGGAGUACCUGUCAUUAACGUUCACAUAUGGUUUGACAGGAAACUGAAGAAUGUAUCUGAUCACCUACUCUUCAGCAGGAGUCCGCUUCUUAGUGUAUACGCUGACAUGUCUGUAACCUGUAAGGAAUAUUAUGACCCCAAUAAAUCCAUGCUAGAGUUGGUGUUCGCACCUGCGGAGGAAUGGAUAACACGCAGUGACUCGGAGAUCAUCGAUGCUACAAUGAAUGAACUUGCAAAGCUCUUCCCAGAUGAAAUAUCUGCAGAUCAGAGCAAGGCGAAAAUCCUGAAGUAUCACGUUGUGAAGACUCCAAGGUCUGUAUACAAGACUGUCCCAGAUUGUGAACCUGCCCGUCCAUUGCAGAGAUCUCCAGUUGAGGGUUUCUAUUUGUCCGGUGACUACACUAAACAGAAAUAUUUGGCAUCCAUGGAAGGUGCUGUCCUUUCCGGGAAGCUUUGUGCGCAGGCAAUUGUCCAGGAUUACGAGUUGCUUGCUGCUAGGGGACAGCGGGCUCUGACUGAGGCUACCGUGAGUUUAUGACGAUGAUGAUUGAAGCUUGCAGCAGUUGGGGAAGGUAGGAAAUGAUUCAGUAACAAGAAGCAGUAAAAUGUAUGUAUGGUCAAUACCCGAUUGUUGUUGUUGUUGUUGUUAGGAAGUGAAUCAAGAGUUUGUUUGUUGUCAGCAAGGAAGGGCUCAGAGCCAAAUAUUCUCUCAACAAAAUUGUGUACAGACAAAUACUCCGAUAUUGAAACCUCAAGUGAAUCACUUGCAAUGAGUGAAGAAAAAAGUAUGUUUGUCUCUCUUCUUCUUUGACACAUUUAAGAGCUUUUCUUUUCUGUUGUGCAUGCAAACAUGGUGUCUCUAUCGUCGACAACAAUGACUAAACCUUCUCGUCGUAAGCUGUUACAGAAAGCACCUAGUGCUCUUAUCACAUUGGAGAUAAGACAAGCGCUCUACAAAAGGGAUUAAUCUCAAUCCAUUGGGGACCUGAAAUCGUGGGUGGGAAUCACGAGUUUGCUCCCUGCAUGUACCAUGCAUCUCCGACAUUAACGUUGGGAUAUAGAUUCCAUGGCUGGCAUUGCAUUCAUCACACUACAUUAAAAAGAAUGUUUCCCCCCUUUUUUCUUUUUCCGAUUUGAUACAUCUCUUCUUCCUGGAUUGCUUCCUUCCUGAUCCCAAGCCAAUGCACGUGCAAACUGGAAUUUGUCCGUAUCUGAAUCUUUAAUUCUGCAGCAACAGAUUUCCAUGCAUCAAUCCAUCCUUCUGUCUCAGUCUCUCUCUCUCGUCAAUCUUAAUGCAUCUCCAACUUCCAAUCCCCAUUAGCCAAGUGUCCUAGUUAUAAGAAUUGCUUCUACUCAACCCAUUGACCUCUGCAGUAUCGAUCCAGCUUGGUCGAUGAAAGGGUAGGCGUUAGUACGUGCAUACACCUUCUGCAAAAUCGAACCGGCCUGGUCGAUGAACUGUCAUAAACAUGUGUUCACAGCUAGUUAUAACUCGGUAAGAUAAGCCAAAUUCUUUCUUAUCAUACACAAAACUUGGAUUGUCCUACCUGGUUUAGCUUCAGUUAUACACAGGAGACAAAACUACUUGGUAAUGAAGGCGACCAUGUUCAUUCCCUCACUUGAAAAACAAGCCAACUCCUAGAUCUUUCCUGGAAAAUGCACCUCUUUUUCAUGGAAAAUUUGUAAUCUACCUAAAUUCCAACUUCCAAGGUUCACUACCCUAACUCCCCAUGCACUCCAUCCUCCAUAAAUAUCCACUCCCAUUCCACCUUCCAUCUCCCAACAACACCAGUUUGAAGCAAUUCUUCUUCUUGUUCAUCUUUCCUUUUUUUCACCCUCCUCAGGGGUUUGAUUUGUUCCUUUCUUUCUAUCAUUCAUUCUAUACACAGUUACUCUUGUUAAGUCACUGAACACACUACAAAUCACGAAGUACGAAGAUGGCUGAGAUCACGGUUUACACCAGGAAUGCUGCAUCUGCUAAUGGCCUCUCUGCUGCACCAACCAAGAAGGGAAGCAAGAUCACCAGGAAAUGUGCAUCCUUGAUCAAGGAGCAACGAGCUAAGAUUUACGUCCUCCGCCGCUGCGCCACCAUGCUCCUCUGCUGGUACAUUCAGGGAGAUGACUAAACUAAUCUCCAUCCUCCAUCAGCAAUAACCCCAACCUGCAACAUUUUUUUGUUCCUUUCCCUUCAUUUUCAAAUUUUCUUCUUCUAUGUUGUUUCCCCCCUCGUCUUUUUGUGGGUUUCAUGUUGUGGUCAUCCUCAACAGCUCAGAACACGCAGACUCGCGUACAACUCGGUUAGCAGUGCUGUGUCUUCUUGCCGCCGCCUUCUGAUCAGUGGAGGAGUUCCAAUGGCUUUCUGCUUUUUACCUCUUUGGCUUUCAACACAGCCAAUGAGGUUUUUUUGCCAUUGUGGGUUUCCUUUGCUGGAGAUGGAGAGGUGUAAGCCUCUCAGUACCCCGGCUGGCCUGGAGCAUUAUGCACAGUUGUGGAGCUGAACAAGUUUGAGAAGUUGUUGAUGAUGAUGAUCAUGAUGUGUUUUUCUGCAAUCUCAGAUGAUGAAUUUGGCCGUAGAACGGCCACUGCUCUAUUCCUCCUUUGCGCUAUAAAGGAGUUGUAAAACUUCCAACCACUGUCCCUGUUGAAAGCAGUCAUCAAUACAAAUGAACUCUACUACUACCUCAACUGCUUUGCUAAAAUAAUGACGGAGACAGAAUAAGAUUAAGCAAAAAAAGGACAAUCUUUAUGUUUGUAUGUAAUUCCGGCAGAACAAUGUGAAGCUCGAAGCUUUUAUAUUACUGCAGAAUGUAUUGUAUUGUAUUGUAUUACCGAGGUUUCCAUUACAAUAAAUGAAGAUUGAAGCCUCUUCUCUUCUAACUCUCAUUCCAACUUAUAGAUUCAGUUCCCGUGUUUGCAUGAUUGAAUGCUACGGAUGGUACAUUUUCCAUCCCUCGUUUCGUAGCCUAGUCACAUGAUGAUCCAAGGUAGCAAUACAACAACUACAUUCUAGGUAAAGUUACUUACUUUCCCUUUCUACCAAUGCAGGCCAUAGCUUGAAGCCUGCAUCAACGGGUGAGCAAAAUAUGCACCUAAUGUCAGUGCCGUGAUGGUCAGAUAAGGCAGCCUCAAGAACUCCUUGUAGUAAUCUUUGGGUAGCUUCUGGCGACCAUCCAAGAUUGCUGCAAACGGAACUACGCUUGUCCUGCCCUUCACCGCUUCAAAUGCUUCCCCGUAUCUCGCAGCUAGUCUCCUAUCUCCAUUCCAAACACCGAACAAGUGGUGUGCAAUUAGACCGACCGAUGCAGCUAGUACGACUGAGUUCCCUAUCCACACCGUGUGAGCCACGCACCACAUCACCUGACCUACCAUCUGGGGGUGCCUUGUGAUUCUCAUGAUUCCACUCUCCCAGAGAUGCAUCUUCGGCUUGUCCACGGCUGCAACCUCCAGCAGAUUGAACGUCGAAGGGUAGAGCAAGAAGAAGGAAAUGAAGUUGGACAGCCACACGACUUCGUGCAACCCGGAGACAGAUUGCAGCUGCCAUAGCUGAGUCCCAUCGUACCUGUGAUUGAUGAAGUAAACCACUGUACUAACAGCUAAAGGAAGAGACAAUCCUGCAAAAACAACACGGAAGGCUCGUUCUCCGACCAGCUUCUCCCCUGCGUCUCUCACGCUAGCCAAACCACUGUGGACAGUUGCGAAAGCCAGUAUGAGCAGAAGCAUUACAACCUCGUGGCUGUCGGAGACGGCGGAGAGAGAGUCGACGAAGAGUUUGCCGUAUCCGGUGGAAUUGUCGAUCCAGAGGAGGUCGAGGAGGAAUAAGACGACGCCGAGGAUGACGGAGAAGUAGAGCCAAGACGAGAGCUUCUGAUUCUCCAAUUGAAACAGAGCAGAGUCCUCACCAAUGGGCGGCUGUUCAUCCGCCGGAGAUUGGACAUUCCGAGGAGAAGAACUCCGGACCAAGGAAUUGGUAGAUGAACGAAGACUACAGUUCGCGGCGCGGCGGAGGGAGACAGAGCUUGGAAACAGAGUUGCUACGGAGAUGGGUGUGUGAAAUCUCGCCGCAGGGACGGCGAUUAAGCGGCGACGACGGAGGGUGGAGAGAGGAUUGCAGAGGAGAACGGAAGACGCAGCCAUGGUUGACGGCGGGAGGAAUACGAUCGUCACUGCUACUAGUAGUGGUUGGUCGUUAAGGGUUUCAAUGAAUUUGACAUUUUUGGAGGGGAGAGAGAGGAGGAAGAAGAAGCUACCCGUGUCCGUAGUGUGGCAGCAGUAAUGGCGACAAGAAUGGAGUUGGAG